CAAAAAUUGAGUGGAAUACCAGUCAGCGACCAACCAACAAAAAGCGUGCUUCGCAAACUCCUAGGCAGUUACCAAAAAAAACAACCGAGAAAAAAACGUAAAAGUUUUUGACAAAGUACUUAGAAAAAAAAUCAAUUUCUUUUUUUAGUCAAAACCCCCGAUUUUUAAACACACACAUUAAAAAUGGCAGAUGCAGGAAGCGAUAAUCCAAUCUACGGACCCUUCUUCGGUGUUAUGGGAGCCGCCUCAGCUAUCAUCUUCAGUGCUUUGGGAGCCGCCUAUGGUACAGCCAAAUCUGGUACUGGUAUCGCUGCUAUGUCAGUUAUGAGACCAGAAUUGAUCAUGAAAUCCAUCAUUCCCGUUGUCAUGGCUGGUAUUAUUGCCAUUUACGGUUUGGUCGUAGCUGUCCUUAUUGCUGGUGCUUUGGACGAACCAUCAAAAUACACCCUAUACAAGGGUUUCAUCCAUUUGGGUGCUGGUUUGGCUGUAGGUUUCUCUGGCUUAGCGGCUGGUUUUGCGAUCGGUAUUGUUGGUGAUGCCGGUGUCAGAGGUACUGCCCAACAGCCUCGCCUGUUUGUCGGUAUGAUUUUGAUUCUCAUUUUCGCUGAAGUCUUGGGUCUGUACGGUCUCAUUGUUGCCAUCUACUUGUACACAAAAUAAAUUCAUAAUAACAACAACUGCAAAAACAACAACAACACCUACACCUACAUUAUCAACAACAUCAUGUUUAUUAUUAAGAAGAAUUUUAAUAAUAAUAAUAAUGCAGCAUUAUUUAAAAAACUUUAACAAAAUUAUGCAACCAUUUAAAAGAACAACAACAACCAACAACACCAAGGACUACAACUAUCAACAUCUUCAAAAAAAUUUUCAAAGUAAGCUUUAUGUUUUCUUUGUUUUAAACAAAUGAUGUCUAAAAGUCCCUCCUCCUCCUGCUCCCCUGAAAAAUUAAGAAAACUUAUUAAACAAACCCAAUUUUUCUUAAUAAAAAUGAAAUGUUUUAUUUUUGAAACGUUUCAGUCAUAUAUUUUUAACCGUGUAGGGGGAACUAAGAAAAAACCUUUAAACAAUUUGUAUAUAUAGAAUAGAUUGUUUAGGUUAGAACAGGUACGGUCCGGUCCGUUUUUGAGGCACUAAAACAAAUUAUUUGGUUUUGUUUUGGUUUUUUUUCUAUUUGCUGGCUUAUUGUAUGGUGUUAGUUAGUUAUUGUUUUGUUAUUAAACAAAAAACCUAAAUUUUAUUUUUAAAAUUUUUAUCUUUAUUAUUUUCAUUUUUUGUUUUCCUUUAUUUUUUUUUGUGUAUUUUACACACAAACACACCCACUACUAUGUUAAAUGUUUUCGUUUUUAUUUUAUUUUCGUCAUUAUUAUAUAUAGAGUCGUCGUUAUUAUUAUUUAAAAUAAAGUAUAGCAAAUAAAAAUUAUUACAAACAAAAAUUUUUUUCCCUAAAUUGUUUUUUAAAGUUUUUUUUUUUAAAUAUUUUUGUUUUGUUAAAAAAAUUUAAACAACACAUACACUUUUAUUAUAUAUAUAGAAAUAGAAAUAUUAAAGAAAUUAUAAUAUUAAAAUGUAAUUUAAAUUAAAAAAACAACAACAACAACAUACCAUUUCAUCAUUAAAUAUAUAUAUAAUAAAAGAACAAAACAAAAAUAAAUUUAAUGUUAAAUUAAACAAACAAAAAAGAAAAAGAAAUUUAGUGAGAAAAACCACCAGUAUACACAAUAAUAUACUUAUUACAAAAACAAAAUCAUAAACGACAAAGAGAUAAACCAAAAAACAAAGACAAACAAUAACAAACAACAA